UUCCUGCUUCCGGCUGUCUUUCCAAAUGGGGACUGUCGAAGGUGGUCUACCUGCUCUCCCCAUGGCUAAAGGGGACAGUGGAACGACCAGAGGCAGAUGAAGCCCAGUCAGAGACGAACACGAUGGUUUAGAGAAGUGACAUUUGCGGAUCACAAGGUUUCGGAAGUUGGAGAUUCUUUUGAAUGGAGACCGCUUGUGGACUGACCUAUUAGCAGGAAUCAAGACAGUGUCUGACAGCAGCAAGCAGUGGCUUCCUGUAAUACGACAUUCCCUGUACAGGCUGUGGCUCUUUUGUGAGAAGCCAGUGUCACUUGGUCUGCGGUCUGAGACCUGCCAUCUGAGAUGCUGCAACUCUCUGGAACUGUGCUGGGGACCAGGGCCCGAGAGGUUCUGUUCUUAGGCUCCUCGAAGCCUCUUAUCAGUGCUCUCUACUUCUGUCUUUCCUGCUCCCGUUCCUGUCCUAGCCACUGUAAGAACUGUCGGGCAGCUCCUCUUGUUACCAGUAGCUGCCGCUAGGACGUGUGGGUUACCUGCCUCUUUAGGAAUAGUAAAGGGGAGUGUGGGCUACCCAAAUGCUGUUGAGAAGCAGGGAGCAGGACCACAUAGGGGUUGGCAGUGUUCUCAUAGAGUGAAUGGGAUCUCCAGGCAGGAACAGAACUGCCAGUGGAUGUUGGUUAAUGGAAGCCACAGAUGGGUGGGCUGCCAGUUCUUUGACUGCCAAGCUGCAGUUGCUGGAAUGCUGCACCAGAAAGCCAUAGGUUUAGGAAUACACACUAGGAACCGGGAGCUUGGUGGUGUCACCCCUGAGGACAGCCCCAGGUAGUAUCUGUUUCAGUGACAUAGGGCUCUGUGACUCCUAAGGUGCCCGUAGAUCUUCAGUUAUCAAGUUGUUUUCCUGUCUGGAUCAGUUUCUGUGGCACAAGUAGAUCAACCCAUCUCCAGGACAUAUGCCAGUUCCUGUGGCUGUGCUUCUGUAGCUGCCAAGGUCCUCUUAAGGCUACCUCAUAUUGCCUGUGUUUGAGUUCCCAGUUAGCUUAUCCAGCAUUACUGAGAAUAGACAAGAAAAAGUCACUGGAGAAGCCUUUCUUGACUUAGGUUUCUAUGCCAUGAAAGGCAACACAGGUGAGUUUGUUCCAGUGGAUUCGCUGAGCACACCUGAGCAGGCUGCUUAUAGUCCCCUGAGGACAUUUGGAGCUUUCAUAGCCAGUGUGUGGCCAAUUGGAGUCAGUAAGGUUUAUGCUUUAGAUUAACCACAGCCAUCCUACCAGUCAUAAUAGUUUCUCACAGGGAAUAUAUCUGUUUGGGAAGACACAUUACAAGUACACCAGAGACAUGUAUGUUACAUAACUCUUGAGUACUGAUUGAUUCUUCAAAGAAAACCACACAUGCUAUGGCUUUGAGUGGUGUUAAAUGCAUCAUCUUUAAUGAUGAAAAGUUCUUGGUGAUGCAUAUCUUUGUCUUGAGACUUGAAACAUAAGGAGACAGCUCUCAGACCUGGGGACAGAAAUUCCAUGCUGAGGGAAAAGAAGAUAGCUUUUUUUUAUAAUCAACGCUUAGUUUCACAUGCUUCGAUGGCCCAAACACUGAGCUUGAAACUAAUCCUCUUCUCUUUUUCUUAGUCAACAGAAGCUUUCAGAAGAAACAAAGCAAAGCAAAGAGCAGAGAAGUCCAGUCUGGGAGACCUUUGUGGAGCAUGCGUGUGUGUGUGUGUGCGUGUGUGUGUUGAUGCUGAGAAAUGUUUAACCUGCUCCCACUCUCACCCCAGAUGUUGGAUACAUGCAUUCUGUGUUACAGAUCAACAGAUAAGUAAAAAGACAAUUUUCCUUCUAGAAGUACAUUUAUUAAGAGUAUGUUGUUUUGUGGAAAUGUGAAAACAUUUUAAAAUGAUGUCUUCAUUGUGUGCAGGGAUGUCCGUAUGAGCACAGAUGCACACAGAGACAGGAGAGGGUGUUGGGUCCCCUGCAGCUGGGGGUCCAGGCGUUUGAUGGAAGCUGGGAACAGAACCCAGGCCCUUUAUUAGAACAGCGAGCAUUUAAACCACAUAGCCAUUUUUCUUGCCCUGUAAGUUAUAAAAUUUAGACUAUUUUUAGUAAAUGGAAACCCAGGUCCUCCUUAGUGAUGAACCCAAAUAGCUCUAACAUAAACCUUGAUGUGCUAUCGUAGGAGGAUUAGAGGUACACUGACAAUGGGAACUGUGAGCAAACUCUGGUUCAGACAUGCUACCCAUUGAUCAGGGACUGAUGUGGGUGAUCUGGCUGACUAGGCAGGUGCUGCUUCCCCCCUCUCUCCACUUCACAUGAGCACCAUUCUUGGUCCAAGAAGAGACAGAGGAGGAACAUUCUUCAGGGAAGGGACUAGCAAUGCUUCCCUUCUAGAACAAACUUGCGAUAUCUAUUUCAAGAGAAUGUCGCUUAGUUCUCAGGAACCUUGGCACAUCUAAAUGAGUUAUAUACACGUGUCAGUGUCCCUUUAAAUAAACAAACAUGCAAACAAACAUCUUAGUGCUUAGAAAAGACAUUUUACCAAUUCUUCAAACUAAAGUUUGAAGCCUUUUGGGAUAGGAGAAGAUUUUGUAGUUAAGACCUUUGUACAGAGAAACAUGCCAUUAAUCUCUGAUAGUUAUAAUAUGUAUUAGAUUAUAAAUCACUCUAAAAAGUCUGAUUGUGCUUAAUACAGUGAUCAUGAACUUGAGUGACCACAGAACACUUCUCAGUUUCUCUAUGUGUUGAGGGACUAAUUUCUGUGGAAAUUAGAUUUUAAGGUAAAAAUAACAAAGACUUUAAUAUAAUUUAAGUCAUAGUCAGAUGAGGGUCAGUUUAACCUUAAACAUCAAUUCCUGGCAAAGCAUAAUAAUUGUUUGAGACAUUACAUGCCAACUUUUGGACAGAUCUUUCUUAGUUAUUUUGGUUUACUUUCAUUAUUUUGGUUAAUACAUCAGGACCAUGGUGAAGGCCAUGGCAUUCUCAAAUGUCUUGUCAAAGCAGACUUAACUGUUAGUGGAAGGGGAGUGGUAGAGUGCUGAGAACUGUCUAAUCAAACACAGAUGACAGUCAUUUUAUAAACAUUCUGCUCUCUGUGCACUGGACAGUACCUGACCUUGGGUAGGUUUGUGUGCCACCAAGAGGGGACAUUUCCUUGGUUACAGUGGGAGGUCCCUCUUGGAGGUUAGCAGCAUCUAAUUAGCAUAGUCUCCCAGCUGGUAGUUUCUGAUUGGUUAAGUUAACAUGGAGUUGGGCUCAGUUGCUUUUGAAGGACCAUUAGUCACUACAACAGUGCUCUACAGUUUUGUGUCAACAUGACAUGACCUAGAGUCAUCUGAGAGGAGGGAGCCUCAAUGUUAAAAAAAAUGCCUCCAUGAUUGGGUUGUAGGCAGGUCUGUAGGAUAUUUUCUUAGUGAUUGAAGGGGAAGGCCUCAGACUGUUGUGGUUCUUGCCAUCCCUGGGCUGCUGGUCCUGGGUUCUGUAAGAAAGCAGGAUGAACAAGUCACAUAGAACAGUCUGGUAAGCAGCACCCGUCCAUGGUGUCUGCAUCAGCUCCUGCCUCCAGGAUCCUGCCCUGCUUGAAUUUCUGUCCUGACUUCCUCUGAUGAUGAACAGUGAUAUGGAAGUGUAAGCUUUCCCUUCCCAAGCUGCUUUGGGCAUGGUGUUUCAUCAUAGCCAUAGUAACCCUAAAUAAGACAAGGUGGUGCCCAGAUUGUGGGAUGUGGCUGUGACAGACCUGGCCAUGUUUUUGGGAGGACUAUGGAAGGACUUUGGAAAUUUGGGCUAGAAGAGCCAUUGAGUGUUGAGAGCUCAGAGAGCUGUUAUGAAGGAGCUUGGAAUAAGAAUGUUGAGAUUAUCUGAAGGUUCAGAGGGAGGCAAACACUCUGCCAGGGGAAACCUGUGGUAUCAGGUCAGCUGGGGCUGAAGAGUCAGCCAUAAUUAGGACGAACCCGGCACCAUUGAAGUGAGACCUUUGAGUUACUGGGACAACUGAUGCUGGUUAAAUGGGACUGAGAAGUUACUAGUGGUUAAAAAGAGAGCAGAUCAUUGUGUGGAAUUCUUCUGCAAAGUGUUUUCUGUUUCCUGAGAGUCAGCUCCCGUAAGCUGUGUUCCAGAGGUGGCUAAGGUUGUACCUCUUGCUGGCAUCUGAGCUUGGUGGUUAAGAGUCACCCAGGUGGAGCUGGUUUUGAGGCAUGAAGGGGUCAUGGAGAACAGCUGAGGCUUGUACCUUACAUUGCAGGUAAGGUACUGGAGUUCCUGAAGAAAGCCCUACAAUGAGGCCACUGGUGAAAAUGCAGCCCAGUUGUAGCAAGAGACCCCAGCAUUUUGUUGAUGCCAGUAGCAUAGGAUGACCACCAAGAACAGCAGCAGCAGUGGACCGGAGGCAGCUGGAGCCCAGAAUACAAGUUUUUUGUGCUGCAGAGUGUCAAGCUAGAGAAGUGAGUGACCCAAGGCCCUGGGAGGCUCCCAGAAGAUUGUGAGUGGAUCCUAGAUAGUUGAACACUGAGUUGUUUAUAGUAUUGGAGUAAACUAUUUAUUUUGUAUUUUAUAAGAGCCCACUGUUGAAAUAUUUUUCUGGCCAUUUUAAAGGGACUCACAUUUUUUUUUAAGAUUUAUUUAUUUUAUGUAUACGAGUACACUUCAGACACACCAGAAGAGGACAUUGAAUCCCAAUAUAGAUGGCUGUGAGCCACCAUGUGGUUGCUGGGAGUUGAACUCAGUACCUCUGGAAGAGCAGUCAGUGCUCUUAACUUCUGAGCCCCGAAGCACUCAAAUUUUAAUGUGUUUGAAUUAGAAGAAAGACUUUGUGAUUUUAAAAAGUUAUUUACAUCUUGAAUGUGAAAUUUCAGGAAAACGAGGAAGGAAGGUUUUAACAGUGAUGUGUUUGUCAAGUUGACAAUGGUCAGUUGUGCUGAAGUUUUAUGAAUUCAUGAAGAUCCCUGUAAGUCAUGUUCUUAGUGAUGGAAGAGAGAGGGACCAGCUCAGUGUGGAUUGUGCUGACUGGGGGCUGGUGGUCCUGGGCUCUAUUAGAAAGCAUAGUGAGUAAACCAUGGGGCAAGCCAGUAAGCAGCAGCCCUUCCUGGCCUCUGGGUUGGCGCCUGCCUCCAGGCUCCUGUCUUGUCGUGGAUGUGAGUCAGGUAAGGCUUUCUUCCUAGGCUGCUGUGGUCAUGGUGAUCACAGCAAUAGAAAGUGUAAGAUAAGACCCACCUAAGCCUAAUGGCCUCCCACUGAAAUAGCUUUAUUGUAAGAGUAGAAUUGACCUGUUAAUGUGUAUUCUACAGUGGUUUGUACUACUCUAGACUCUAGAUGAGUGUUUCUCGACCUUCGGUCAGGGCAGCAUGGGUGGGGGUUGAACGACCCUUUCAUAGAACUCCCCCAAGACCACCGGAAAACACAGGUAUUUAAAGUAUGAUUCAUAACAGUAGCAAGGUUACAUUUAUGAAGCAGCAAUGAAAAUAAUUUUAUGGUUGGGGGUCACCAUAGCAUGAGGAACUGUAUUAAAGGGUCACAGCAUUAGAAAGAUUGCCAACCAAUGCUCUAGAUAAAGACUCAAAAAUAAAUUUUAAUGUGUAAGCAUUUUAUUAGAGGAAGAAGUAUUUGUGAAAAAAAUAAUAAACAGGUCUGAAAUAGUCCAGGGACAAAAAGGGGACUGGGGAUUUAAAGGAUACAGAGACACCAAAUGGAUACAUAUAUCACAGUGAGGUAAUAAUGUGGAAACAAGAAAGAUGGCACUGCUGUAAAGUCUGAGAAGUGCAGCAAGGCCUGCCUCACCGGUCUCCAAUCAGAGAAGUUCUGCAGCUGCUCAUGCAUACGUCCAUGAUCUUGUGUGAGAGCAGCUCUUGAGAAGCCUCAGUGCAAGCACAGUGAGAUCUCAGAGCCCAGAGUAUAUGGCCCUUAGUCUAUUACCCUCCUUGUCGAAGAUCAAAGGAGGACUUCUCCUUGAUCAGCACACAGGGUUCUAAGAUUGGGAUGUGCAUAAACGUCUCUGAAAAUCUUAAAUACAAAUCAACAGGGCCCAACUUUCAGUAUUUCUAAUAAGCUUUCUCAGAUGAGGUGGAUUUCUUGUUUUUUAGACAUUACUUUGUGUAAAAGGGGCAUGGAGGGACUGGAGAGAUGGCUCUGCAGUUAAGAACAUUUGCUGUUCUGUCAGAGGACCCAGGCUCAGUUUCUAGUACCUUUAUGGUAGCUCACAGCCAGCUGGAACUCCAGGUCCACAGCAACUCAAAGGGCAUAGCGUUGGUAGAACUCUACACAAACCCUUUAGGUAGGUUCACAGAGCACUCUUGGUGGCUUUAAUGCCCUAGCGGCAUUGUGCUACCCAGCUGUGCUGCAGUGGCACCAGCACAGUCUCAGGCUCUCUGUUUCGUGUCACUGAUUUCCAGCCCUUUGCCUUUAAUAACCACAACUGUGGACUCCUUACUUGUAUGUCCCUUGUUGAGGUCGGCAAAGCUGCAAGGAGUGGAUAUCUGAGUGCUGGCAUCGGGCAUGGAGAUUCAGUUCUGAGUGCUGGCAUCGGGCAUGGACAUUCAGUUCUGAGUGUUGGCAUCGGGCAUGGAGAUUCAGUGUGGAGUUUGCCCAGCUAGUUUUGGUCUUGCUUUGUUCUAAUUUUUCCUCACUAUGCUCCUUCCUUCCUUUUUUGGAAUGCUAAUGUAUAUCCUGUGCCAUUAUGUAUGGGAAGUGUGUGAUCUGCUCUUUGAUUUUUUUUUUUUUUUUUUUUUGGCUCUUGUUUUCGGAGCUGGGGACCGAACCCAGGGCCUUGCGCUUCCUAGGCAAGCGCUCUACCACUGAGCUAAAUCCCCAGCCCCUGCUCUUUGAUUUUUGAUGUCUCAGGGGUUACGGUGAGGAGAUUGAGCACCUCGAGUCUCUGAGGAGAGCUUGAACUUGAAACAGUGUUGAGACUGCAGUAGACGUGGGGACUUUUGAGGUUGGGCUCUAUCCAUGUUUGCAUUAUUAAAUGGCUACAAGCCACCAGGGAGUGAAACGUGGCAGUCUGAAUAAAAAUGGCCCCGUAUAGGCUCCAUAUAUUUUGAUGUUUAGUUAUCAGGGAGUGCCACCACUUGACAAGGAUUAGGAGGUGUGGCCUUGUUAGAGGAAAUGUCACUGGGGGAAACUUUGAGGGUUUAAAAGGCUGAAGCCAGGCCCAGUGGCUCUCUCUUCCUGAAUCCUACCCAUGUGGACACAGAACUCUUAGCUAUCCUUCUCCAUGAUAAUAGGCUCAACCUCUGCAACAUUUUUGGUACAGCUGUUCUGUUCUGGUUUUUUUUGUUUGCUUAACACAGUAUAUGAUGUUUGUUUCCCAAUCUUAAGCAAAGAGAUUUAAGCCACUCCUACAAUGCCUGACUCCAAAGCCCCUCGUCCUGAGACAUUCAGGUACAAUCAGCCAUUGUCUUUGAUGGAGUUGGUUGUGUGCAUCUUAGGAUUUUUGUGCUACCAUUUUAACCACAUGGCUGUCAGUUUAUAUUUAAACAGACCACCUGUCCUUGACUCUAGCCAUAUCUUGGUUCAGUUUCCUUCAAGUGACUAAAAUAGCAGCAUUUAUGCUCUUCUGAAGUUUAGAGUUCUUGACAUAAUAUGGUAAGUUAAGGUGUGUACGCAUGAAUGUGGAAGCUUGAUUGAGUAAAGGACUCCAGAGAGAAAGACAAGAUCAGAACGACUAUAUUAGAUGAGUCCAGAUGGCCAUCCGACACUAGGAAGGUGGACAAUGAACCACACCAGAGGAUGAGCGUCAUCGGGACCUGUCAUCUUAUUAUAUGGAGUCGUUUCGUUCGGACCUGGGCGUUUGGACGUGGUGUAGCUGGUCUAGAGCACCAUGGCUGAAGUGGAAUCAGGGAGCAACCAGAGGCAGAAUGAAGAAAUCGAGGCAAUGGCAGCCAUUUAUGGCGAGGAGUGGUGUGUCAUUGAUGAGGUUGCCAAAAUAUUUUGUAUUAGAAUCACUGACGACAUGGAUGACCCCAAAUGGACACUUUGUUUACAGGUGAUGUUACCAAGUGAGUACCCAGGUACAGCGCCACCUGUUUAUCAGCUGAAUGCUCCUUGGCUGAAAGGGCAAGAACGCGCAGAAUUAGCCAAGAGCCUUGAGGAGAUCUAUAUGAAGAACAUUGGUGAAAGUAUUCUUUACCAGUGGGUGGAGAAAAUAAGAGAUGCCCUGAUACAGAAAUCUCAGAUCACAGAGCCAGGCCCAGAUGAGAAGAAGAAAACUGAAGAGGAAGAAGUUGAGGGUGAAGAUGACCCCAUUCUAGAACACCCACCAGAAAAUCCAGUUAAAACAUGGGACCUCAAAAUCAGUGAAAGUGCACCAGAAGCGGAAGAAUUGCCUCCAAUUGCUCAUGGUGCUCCUAUCACAGACCGAAGGAGCACUUUCCAGGCACAUUUGGCCCCUGUCGUCUGCAUUGACCAGGUGAAGAAGGUUCUUGCCAAGUUGUAUGAGAAUAAGAAGAUCGCCAGUGCCACCCACAACAUCUACGCCUACAGGAUAUACUGUGAGGAUAAGCAGACCUUCUUGCAGGACUCCGAAGAUGAUGGAGAAACAGCCGCGGGCGGCCGCCUUCUUCACCUUAUGGAGAUUUUGAAUGUGAAGAAUGUCAUGGUGGUGGUAUCCCGCUGGUAUGGAGGGAUCCUGUUGGGACCUGAUCGUUUCAAACACAUCAACAACUGUGCCAGGAACAUCCUGGUGGAGAAGAACUUCACAAACUCCCCUGAGGAGUCAGCCAAGAGCUUUGGAAAGAAGAAAGUGAAAAAGGACAAGAAGAAGGGUGACCAUUAAUCCUUGAACCUCUGUAGAAGGUUCAUUGUCCGGCCACUGUGUUCACAUUUCCCAGUGGUCAGUGUAUAUUAAGAUAGCACACUGACAGCUCAAGUCAGCCAGUUCAUCGUGGUUACACCAGCAUCGUGUUUCCUUCCUCCUCUGGUUCUACCGUUCGCCAGAACCAGAGGGUCUAGGACAUAUUCACUUGUGUUUCUCAUUCUUCGGGAGAACUGCUGUGAGCUUAUUUGCCAUUUCAUAUAAUAAUACUAGGAAGUGACACGUGCACAGUGUCAUUCCUGAGCUAAAUGUCCAUUUCAGUAUUGUCAUGUGCCUUUGUUAGGUGGGGAAGACGUGUCUCCAGAGGAAUAGAAAUGCCGCAUUUCUUGUGAUAAAAAUUGUCAUGCUGUUAAAUGAACAUUGCUUUCACUGCUCCCAAUAGCUUUUCAGAGUGGGAGCACAUUGAAGAUGGCAGUCUUGGGGAGUCUUUUUUCUUGUGAGUUCACGAGUUAGUCACGCUUCCUUUUCUAGUAUUCACCAUGGAGUAAUAGUUUACGUGAAAACCCAGGAGUACUCAUCUGUGACCAUGUGCCAAGUGAUAGUUUAGCAUAUUUGCCUGUCCCAAGUGUUACUCCUCAGUUUCGUUGCAAAUUGGUGAUGUGAAAUCUCAAAAAGUUAUUGUUUUUUAGUCGCUGCCUUUUGUUGUUUGAUUCCUGUAGUGACACACAGUGAGCAUUCAGUCUCAGUAGUCCUUCCGUCCCUUAAGUGUGUUGAGGUAACAUUCCAGUGUCUCUGAACGACCUGGUAGCACUUCCUUGUGUUCUUCCCUGUGCUCUGGUCAACUCACUUGCAGAACGAGGUGGAGGCAGCACAGGAGCAGGCUGGCAGCUGUACCAGCUUGGUACACAUUUGCCAUUUGAACUCUGGCCAGGCUUUUUUAAAAUACUGUGAUUUUUGUUGAGAGGUAGAGGGACAAAUCUUUUGAUUAGAUAAAAAACUCUUUCCCUACAAAUUUUUGUCUUCCUUUUUAACAAGUGUUUUAUUUAUUUAUUUUUACCUGCAUAUUACUUGUAAGGAAUAAGACAGAAAAAUUCCCUUUGACAUGUAGGUAAGCUAUACCCUGUUAUCUUUCUGAAAUAAUGCCAACAAUUACUAAAUUAGUCUAGUGAUCACAGACUUGAUUCCCCUCCCAAGGAAGGGUCAGAUGUUAGGAGGCAGCUUUGGGAGAAUGCUGGAGCACAGAAAGCAUCUGAAGCUGGGCAGAUGUUUUUCUCUGAAUUUUUAAGCUUGAAAGAUCCACAUCCUCACUUGGUAUUUUAAAUAGGAAUCCAGUAGCCAGCUUUACACUAGAGUGGGUUCUGAGACAGAAGUCUUAUUUUCAACAUUAUUUAAUGUUGUAAAUGAUCAAGAAUUAUAGGAUGACCUAUAUGUGUGUGUUUGGAGCACUUACCUCUGUUUCCAUGAAAUGCUAAGUAUAUCCUAUGUAUUAACUGCUACAGCACGUAGACAGUAUUUGCUAAGGAUGAUCGAAUCCUGACAUUUCAGAUCUGUGAACAGUGAUUAAAACACUAAGGAUUUUAUGCUGCAGAAAAAGGAGUUAAUUUUCCUAGCACACUGGAUUUGAAUUUCUUUCCUGGUGUUUUGUCCAAAAUGGUACUAGUGUUUACAGAAGAAAAAACAAUUUUUUAUAUCUCUGAUCUCGUUUUCCUCCACUUAAAAAUAUGUUAGGUUUUCCUCAUUUUAUAAGAUUACUAAUCACGUUUUAUGGGUUGAGAUCCUUAACCUUCUUCACUGCAGGUGGGAGGGGAGAUCCUAAAUUCUUCAGUUCUAACUCCUGAAAUUACGUAUUCACAUACCAUCAAUGCAUAUUUUUCUCUAUUAGAGAAAAUCCUAUGUAGAGAAUUUUCUAGUUCUCCAAAUAACUUUCUAAAGCCAGGCAUCUGCUGUGGCAAUCUCUAUAUUAUAUCAGUUGAAAUGUUCUCUACAUGCCAGUAUAUAAGAGCAAAUCGGAGAAGCUGCUUGGGGAGGCGUCUGUCAGAGACAGACUGUUGGAAGCACUAAUCACAGGACAGAUGAAGCAGACACUGUUUACAGGGCAGGCGAGUGAUGGAUGCUGUAAUCACUCCAGUGAAUUGUAAUCACAUCCAGUCCACUAAAGAGAUGACCAUGAAUGGUGUAUACAGUUUUUAUUUUUUAUUAUGCAUGAUUUUGUAUAUAUGGCUAUUUUUCUUUCCGUAAAAAUGGUAUUAAAUCGUAUAUACUGUUUUGUAUCCUACAUAUUUCAUAUAGAAGUAUAUUGUUAACAUUUUCCCAUAUCAAUAAAUAUUCUUCUAUGGCUUAA